GAACAGGCGCAAGUAGUCUAUGGUAUAUAUAAAUAAUAGUAAGAUAUAUUUCCGUUUGAAUUCAGUGUAAAUCGAUCUAUCGCCUUGAUCGGAAAGACGUCAUCAUGAGACACCAGCGGCAGUGUUUUAUAGCAUUUCUAUGUCUCGGUGUUGCUUUUAUAUCAUCGGCUAGCCGCAGGGAGGAACUCGAAAGAGCCGCGGAGCUCGCCGUGGAACAAGCAGCCGAAAGGGCAGCCGAGAGGGCAGUAGAGAAGGCCCUCAACAGUGGAAAUAUUACUACGGAAUCCAAGAUUAUUCGCGAGUUUUAUUCUAGUGUCAGGAAAGAUCCGCGGAAAGAAAGGAAAAAGUAUGACGAUUAUGACAGAUAUAAACCGUUGAAUGAUGAAGAGUCAGAGGAAGAUGUAGACGAUUGGAGCACAUAUUCACGGAGGGGUAAAUCCAGAUUUGACCCUCAAGAUAUGAAAAGUAGAAGCUUUCGUCAAGGGUUUAGCAGGAUCGAUUUCAAAAAUACGUCAAAUUCUAAGAGAAGAUUUCCGAGAAGUAAAUGGUCCCGAGAGAUCAUUCUAUAGCUGCAGAUAUUUGUAUGCCAAAAAUAUAUAAUUUAUUAUAUUGAUACUGAGAGAAAGAUGUAUUAAUGUAUAUCAUAAUUAAUAGCUUUAUACAUAUAAAUUUAAAAUAAUAACACAUCGCGCGAUUAAUUUUGUUAUAUCCGAUAUUAUCUUUCUCUUAUAUAUAAAAAAUUAUCAUAUUUUUGUUAAUUUAAUUAACAAUAUUAUUUUUUAAAGUAAA